AUGGCGUCCUCCACUUCCGCCAACAGCACUGCCAUCACCAGCACCACCGCCAAUAGCAACAACAAUGACAGCAACGAGGUGAACGUACAAGUCACCGAAGAAACCCUCGAAGUGGCAGCACAGUUUGCCGAACAAUACGCGGAGCGAAAGCGGGAGUUCGAAGCCCUCACCAAAGGGUACGAAGAGUACAGGCAGCAGCUCCUGAUGGCGGCCCACCAGCAGGACAUGAGGAAACUCAAGGCGGACAUGGAGGCGAGACAGGAGGAAUUACAGGCGGAAAUGGAGACACAGCGCCUGGAGCUGGUGGAGGCAAAGAGGGAGAAUGACCUCCUCCGGAUGGAGAUGGAUUUCAUGCGGAGCUCAGCGCAGAGGAUCCAGCGCAGAUACGAGGAUGUGGUUGGACGGGAGGCAGCAGCGUGGGUAUGA